CGUUCUUCAGAACGAAUCGUUCGCGAACUACACAACACUAUCACCAUGCCGGGAGCGCGGAUGUUGUCAUGACCAUGCUUAGGACUACCGUUGAGAACUCAGCCAACACGCCUCGUCUGCAUUUAUGACAAUUAGACGGACUGCACACCAUUGUUGUUACGUCCUUUCGUCUAUAUAUGUGUCAAAAUAUGCGUGAUACGUUAACAAGCGAGCGCAAUCUGGAAUGUUGUGACGUGAUGACGUCACGACGCGUGCGCGGCUCCAGCUGUACGUGCACGCUUCUGUUUUGACCGAGAUGAUGCAAUAAAAGCAUUCAGCGACGCAAGUUCAACUCCUUCACUUAAAACCUACAGGACAGCGCAAUUUCUACACAUAUGAAAUGGCCCUUGUACGUGAUGACGUGAACCAAAGGUCUAUCCUUGACAUCAAAAAUGCAACAGUCGAAAAGCUUAUGAAAUUUAAGUCUUUGUGCGGUCGGCAAGUGGACAGUGGUACAUUUUGGGACGUGGUGGUCGUGACUGCCAUGGACGAGAGACAGAAAUAUUCCUACGAGGAUCAGAUCAAAAAAAAGGUUGACCGCAAAGUACUCCCGCUUGGUAUUCCCUACAAAGUCUUCUCAGAUCCCCCUGGAUGUAAAAUAGGCAAUGGAGGCUCCACGCUGCACGCUCUGAAGAACCUUAGAGAUAUCUAUGGCAAAGCUCUUUGCAAAAUGAAAGUCCUUAUGAUCCAUGCAGGAGGGUUGAGUCAGCGCCUGCCCAGUGCCAGCGCCUUCGGGAAGAUCUUCACCACCUUGCCGCUGGGUGACCCACUCUACCAAAUGCUGGAGCUCAAGCUGGCCAUAUAUGUGGAUUUCCCCUCUCACAUGAAGCCUGGCGUGCUGGUGACUUGCGCCGACGACAUCGAGCUCUACAGUAUCGCAAAUGACGAAAGGCUGGUGUUCGACAAACCCGGCUUCACUGCUCUAGCCCACCCCUCGCCGCUGUAUGUUGGCACUACCCACGGCGUGUUCGUCUUGGAGCCACCUGAGGACUCGGCUUUUCGAAAAAUGGAGACGAAAAUCUGCUUGCGCUUUCUUCACAAACCGAGCAUUGAAAAAAUGCGAGAAAGCGAUGCUGUUUGUAAGAAGAAAAGCGAUUGUUUUCCAAUAUGUGAUCCAGAGUUUGUCUACACAGACAGCACCUAUUACAUGGACUUUGAUACUUCUCAAUGUCUCCUUAAUGUGCUCAAAGAGCUAGGACCUUUAGAGUGCGAGAUUGACGCAUACAGCGAUUUUCUCCAAGCGUUAGGCCAGCAAGCCACGAUGGAACACACCUGCAACACAGCCAACGUCACCAAACAUGAUAGUAGCCUAGUGGACGUCCGCCAAAAGAUUUUCCAUCUUCUCAGAGGGACUCCGUUGAACGUGAUUGUUCUCAACAAUUCAAAGUUUUAUCACAUAGGAACCACGUCGGAGUACCUCUCUCAUCUCACCGAUGUUGAUGGCUUGAGGAGUAUGCUGAACCUCCUAUCGUGGAAUUUCAGUGUGCUCUCUAAUAAAAACAUAAAUGAGGAUUCCUGUGUGCUAGCCAGCCUCCUCCUUUCCAGUUGCUCUGUAGGAGCCGGGUCCGUGGUGGAGUACUCCAGACUGGAAGAGGGGGUGUCUGUAGGCAAGGGCACACUGGUCAGCCGAUGCUGGGUCAGUCCAGGCUUGUCAGUGCCCGACGGAGUCUCUAUACAUACACUUUGUGUGACCCAGCAGAACAGAAGCGGCUUUGUAACAGUCGCUUUUGGAGUCGACGACAACCUAAAGUCCGGCGUGGAAGCUGCUGCGUCUAUGGAAGGACUGACCCUGUGCGGGGUGACUCUGGACGCCUGCACAUCCAGCUGGGGGCUGGGAGACCAAGUCUUGAGGUUCUCCGGUGACACGUCCCGCUGUAGUUUGUGGAACGCCUGUUUGUUUCCAGUUUGCUCUGAUGCAAAGAGCUCGUUCUCUGUGUCUCUCAAGAUGCUGCAGGCCGUCCUGGGCGGAUCUGCUUUAGAGUUACAAGACAGGAAGUUGAUAUCACUGCAAGAGGCCCUACAGUGUCAGAAUCUGCAGGAGAUGCAGAACUUCACAGACAGACUUGGGUAUGAAAUUGCACAGAGAAGGCUUCCCGCGAAGGAAUGAGGAGAGUGACGGUUUUUCUUCAGACUCAAAUUAGGAUUUUGAUGGAAGUUGGUCAACCCAAAAACAAUCAACUGCAACUAUUCUUCUCUUCUAUUUCAAUAUUCCAAGACUUUGUGACAAAUAAAUACAUAAUAAAUUAUGAGAUACUUUU